AUGCGCGGCGGGAUUCCCGUGGUUAACGUGGAACUGAGUCCCCCCCGGCACAGGCGCGUGCGAUCCGGCCCGCAACAGAAGGAGGAGGAGGAGGCGGCGGAGGAGGAGGAGGAGGAGGAGGAGGAGGAGGAGGAGGAGGAGGAGGAGGAGGAGGAGGAGGAGGAGGAGGAGGAAGAAGAGGAGGAGGAAGAGGGGGAGGGAGAGGAGAAGCGAGAGGAAGAGGAGGAAGAGGAAGCGGGGGAGCGAGAUGAGAAGCGAAAGGAAGAGGAGGAGGGAGGUGAAAGGAAAACGGAAGGGGAGAGAGCAGCGAGGAGCAGAGGGCGCAGAGUGUCAUUCCCUGAUCAGGAGUUCUCCGAGAAUUCCCAGGAAACGUUCACAGAACAAGAGUGUUUACCAGUGGAGCAGGCAUCUGCAGUGGGAGCGAGUGGCAAGACACAUAGGGACAGCCACUGUGCAGGCAGCAGUCACGACGAGAAUGCUGCAGGAAGGAACAGCUCUAAGGGUGGUGGUGAUGAUGAUUGUGCUGUGUGGCACAUCAUCCAGUUACAGCGUGUAGCACAGGCCAUGAUGGCCCCUGCGGAGGUCGCAGCAGCAGUGGGCGAGCUCUCAGCGCUCUCCCUCUCCCGCCAGAGCAACCUCCUCACCUCCCGCAUCUCCGCCUGCCGCCGAGCCCUCGUACACUCCCGCUCCGCACCCGCUGCUCGAGAUCUUGGUGUGAGAACCGGUGGGGAAUCCGGUGCGUCGAUGAGAGGUGGGGGGGGCGGAACGGGUGUUGUAACUGGCGGUGGUGCUGCUGCUGCUGCGGGAGUCAGUGACUCUGCGGUUGCGAAUUUGCUUGCUCGGAAGCAAGGGUUCCAAGGCACAAGGCUGGCCGAACGCCUGCUAGCCACACUGUGGGAUGAUCACGGGAGCAUGAUGGGGGGCAUAUCCAACGGCUCAUCUGGUGCGGCUGGAGCGGCUUUCCCCCGAGCUGUGACUAUGGGGACAGGCAUGGUGAGACACGCUGAGGGGAUGAGGGAAGGAGAGGAGGAGGAAGUGCCGAGAAGAGUGGGAGUGUUUCCUCGUGCUACCACUUUCGGUUCUGCUUUAGGUGGAGGAGGAGGCGGAGGGGGAGGAGGCGGGGGGAGCAGGGGAGGCGGAAGGGGAGGACUGGGGUGGAAUCGAUCGAUGAGUAGAAGCAGGCUGGGCAGGGUGAGUGGCGCAGGGGUAGACGAUGCAGGGCUAGGUUCAGAUGGGUUGUGGAGCGGUGAGGAUGGGUUCGGCAAGAAUGGUGACCCAAACCCAACGGUUGUUGAUGAUCCCUCAUCACUCUCUCUUCUACCUCCACUACCGCCAACGUCACGUGAGCUCACACAGGGAACGUGUCAAAGAGAGUCUCACUUGAAAAGCACCUCAGCUUCUCAGGCGGCGUGUCAAAAGCCGCCGCUGCCGCCGAGUGAAUCGGCGACACACGGAGCGUCUCUCUCAAGGAGUAGCUCUAACCGGAGCAGGGAAAGCGGCGGGUUGAGUUUCACAACAGGCGAAGAUGCUGCUGGGCACGCAUGUAAAGCAGCACGCGAAGCAGCAGAAGGAGAGGGCUCAAGCUGUCAGGGGGACGGCCACGUGGGUCACGUGGGUGGGUUAUGUGGAAACGCGAGCGGAUCCAGCAGUGGCCACGUCAGCAGGAGUCAGCAGCUGCGCACGCUGACGCUCCAGCGAAUCGCGUCGUUCCGGAGUGCCAGCCUGGCGAGAGGCGCGCAGGGGGCGGGAGGCGGGGGAGGGGAGUCCGGGGGGAAGGAGGGGGGGACGGAUGCGAACGGGGAUGAUGAACAGUCAGAUUCUCGUGCCUGUAGUGGUGGUGGUACUGGUGCUGGUGAUGCUGCUGGUGGUGAUGGUGAUGGUGGUGGUGAUGGCGGUGGUGGUUGCGACGGGGAAGUUAAAAAGCGGCCUCCGCCAUUGAAGCUGGAAGAGCUGAUGGGAGUCACAGGGGAGGAAGAGGAGGCGGAGGAGGACGACGAGGAGGAGGAGGAGGAGGAUUGGGAGGAGGAAGGUGAAGGGAAAAAUCGCGGCGGUAAUGGGAUGAAAACGCGCGGGGAAGUCGCAGCCGCCGCCGCUGCUGCUGCUGCUGCUGCUGCUGCUGCUGCUGCUGCUGCUGCUGCUACUGGUGGUGGUGGUGCUGCUGCCGCGGGUCGUAGUAGGAAGGAGGAGGAGGAGGAGGAGGAGGAGGAGGAGGAGGAGGUGGAGGAGGAGGAGGAGGAGGAGGAGGAGGAGGAGGAGGAGGAGGAGGAGGAGGAGGAGGAGGAGGAGGAGGAGACUCUAGAGCCAAAUUUUUACCUGGUGGUGCUGCUGCUGCUGCUGUUGCUGCUCCCCGUCGUGGUGCUCUGCUACGGGCCUCCACCUUCUGGCAUCGCAGCAGCAACUCCUCGUCUCCCUCCCGCACCCGCCCGGGGAAGCACAACCGCUCUUCUUCACACUCCCUCUCACACUCGCCCUCGCGUGCCCGCACUACACACAGCAGCAGCAGCAGCACCAAGACUGACGCGAGCAGUGCUGGCAGUGGCUGGUCACAGGAUCGCAGGAAAGCUGGGAGUUAGAGGCUUGGGCGGGGCAGGAAGCAGCAGGGGGAGCGGGUCUGCGGGGACGAAUGGAACUGUGAUUCCCGGUGGUGUGGGUUGUGCCAAUCUGCCGUUGGUGCCUCGGGCGUUUGCAUAUGCGGAACUAGCGCUAGCCACUGAUGGGUUUGCGAAGCGGAAUAUGAUUGGGUGCGGGGGGUUUGCGCGAGUGUACAAGGGGAGGUUGCUAGAGGGAAAGAAGGUGGCGAUUAAGGUUAUGAGGAAGAGUAAGAGUGGUGAGGCGGAGUUUGAAGGAGAGAUGAGUGCGUUGACUCAUGUGAAUCACCCUAAGAUUGUCCAGCUGCUUGGGUUUUGCAUAGAGAGGAAUAUGAGAAUGUUGAUUUAUCCGUUGCUGAAUAGAGGGAGUUUGGAAGGGUAUUUGAAGGCGAUACGGGAGGGGGGGAUGGUGGGAGAAGGGGGAGAUGGGGAGGAAGAAGAGGAGGAAGUGGACGAGGAGGAGGAAGAGGAGGGAGGGGAGGAAGGAGAGGAGGAGAGAGUGUCUGAUGGGGCGGGAGCAGAGGAGGAGGGAGAAGGGAUGGGGAAGAAGCUAAUUGGAAAGGAAGAGGCGGUUGGGGUGCAAGAGAGUUUGGGUAGUCUGAGGGAGGCGAAAUUAGGAGAAGCAGCAGGGCAGGGGAAACGCAGCAAGGCAGGGGGUGGCGGGAAGGGAGUGCGGUCAGAGGGCGAGAAACGCAAGGGGAAGAAGACAAAGAGCAAAGGAGGAGCAGGAGGAGGAGGGGGAGGGGCAGCGAGUGGGUUAUCUUGGGUAGCAGCAGCGGGGUUGUGUGAAGCAGUGCACUACCUGCACCACGGCAUGGGGCGCACGCUGUUGCACCGAGACCUCAAAGCCGCCAACGUGCUGCUUGAUAGCAACUGGCAGCCCAUGCUGGCGGAUUUCGGGCUGGCGCUAUUCCUGGAGGAAGGGGGCGAGCAGGGGGAGGUGCAGGAGGUGCAGGGCACGCUGGGGUACAUGGCGCCUGAGUACUUCAUGUUCGGCGACAUGGGGCCCACCUCCGACGCCUACAGCCUCGGGAUUGUCCUCCUCGAGAUCAUCACCGGGCGGCGCGCCAUUGAGAUGGACCCUCCCCCGGAUGAGGACAACAAUCUCGUGGUCUGGGCGCUCCCAAAGCUGAAGAGCAUGCAGGUGGAAGCAAUAGUGGAUCCCUGCCUGCGGGGCCGCUACGACCGCGCGUCACUGUGGCGCACAGCUGCUGCUGCCAUCAUGUGUCUCCGUGAAGACCCCGCCUUCCGUCCUCCUCUCGACCUCCUCGCCCGCUUCAUCCGCGAUGACUCCUUCGAUAACCCCCAGGCGACUCAAAAGGUGACUUUUGUGGACCCCGCCUUCCGUCCUCCCCUGGACCUCCUGGCCCGCUUCAUCCGCGACGACUCCUUUGACAACCCCCAGGUGCCCAGCCUUCACACUCCUUCACACUCCUUCACACUCCUUCGUUCUCAUUCUCUCUAUGUUUGA